GCGAUCAAUAACAUAACAUUUGAUCGCGACAUCACAACUACGCAACUUCUCUGUUAUAUUUUGUUGCUGCAAUAAAAGUAGUGAUAAAAUUAGCGACUAUGACGGUCAUGACCAAACCGAGCAUGAUGCUCUCUAAAGCUGUAUACAUUAAGCCACUUUCUCCGCUGCUCGACAAUGACCCAAACGAUAAGCAUACUUGCGUUGAGGAGAAGGUUGAGAUCUACUCCGACUCGCAAAAGGAACCCAAGGAGAUAAGCGUGUGCUGGGGAAUGCUGACCGUGCUCAUACUCUUCUUUUGCGUUGUCGGCGCAAUGAUGCUGUACGGGCAUAUCAUGUUCAAGGUGAACUGGUUUGAGGGCAACCGUUGCACCGUGCCCAUCAUUCAGGAAUAUUCGCACCAUUUACGCUUGAUCAGAUUCGAUAAUGAUUCGGAUGUGCCGACAUCCAGCAAAGAUGCUGCUCAAGAAAUGAUUGACGCCAUUGAGGAGGAGUUGAGUAUUGGAGCCACUAUGGAGAAGAUAACCGUCUCGAACUUCGGACACAACUUCGAUGUUAUCCAUGACUUCAACGAAAACGCUACAGGUAUCAUUGACAAGGAACGAUGCUUCGUGAUGGAGUUGAACUCAGAAGUUGUAAGUCCUCCGGAUGCCUUCAUAUUGACCCUGCAGCAGAACGCAAAUUUCGACGUGUCUUCGAUGCGCGGCGACAUGACGGCCGUGUUCCCGGUGGAGGACUUUUCGCGUUUCACGAGAGACAUGAUCACCAAGUGCAACCCCAGGCCGCUAUACCAUCUGCAACACCAGUCUGGCAGCGUCAUCCGCAAGCGUGAGACAGAGGAACCGGCGCAUGACUACGUGCAUUUCUCGGGCAAUUACGUGUUCGAAAUCAAGAUAAGCAACAUGGCCGAGAUACUCCUUCACGAAAAGACCGUCAAGCAGAAGUAAACACAGCGACGUGGGGUACGAUAAGAAUGCACUUUGCGUUUACCAAUUCUGAUGUUAACUAACUUACAACAAUAAAUAUAUUUUUGAGUAAGCUAUCCAGAAUCUGACAUGAAUGGAAUAAUGGUGCCAAUUCUGUUGUACACAAAUCUCAAAGGUAAAUUAAAUUUGACAAGUCUUAAAGUAGUUUUGUCCUCAUCGUGAUAUGUAUGUGAAUAAAGAUAGCAUGAUUUUAGCGGAACAGAAUCGGUACCAUCAUAUAGCCGUAGAUUUGACAAUUGGUUUUUAAACUUGUCGAAGCUACUCGAAUAAAAAAUUCGUUCCAUAUCAAGAUUCCCGUAAGUUGUCGUUAUUUAUUUUACUAAAAACAAUUUAACUGACGUGAAGACGGCGAAAUUAAAGCGAAGAUUAUUCAUGGCCUGACAAUGAUAUCUUUUAUUCUUUUAGUUUUAAGACUUGGAAAUUAAAAUGUGACUAUCAGAUUUGGUAAACGUAAUGACCCCAUAAUUGUUUCUAACAGGCAAAUUACGCCUUCGGCCAACGGCUUCCUAUUUUAAUGCCACUUAGAAAUUAUCGUGGUUUGUCCCGUUUGUGACACAUUUUAUCUACUCUAAAUGUCUAUAUAAGACUUUCUUGCCGACACUCAAAGUCGGCGAGCAAAGUUUUUAAAAUAUUAGUGUUAGUUAUAAGAGGAGGUAUUUUUCUAAAUCUGGCUACGGUUGACGGUGAUGUGUGUUAUCGCAGAGACAAUGGGGUGGAACAUUAGAUAUGACUGGGCAGUGUCUUUGGGUCUACACGUCACUCAGGAAAUGAAAGAGAUUUUUUUUUUAUGUUCUUUUUAUUUCCUAUGGUCGUUAUACUUCUAGUAUGUAAGCCAAAUAAAAUAGAUUCAAUAUGGUUUAUUGCAGUAAGCAAAGCAAAUAAAAAAACAAAAAAAAAAUAAAGUAGGAAAAAAAAAAUAGUAUUAUGAUAGGUGACAUUCCAAACGUAAAAUACUCACAUCCACAAAUAAUAGGUGCAAUAUGAAAUAUUAUAUUAUUAGUGUUUACUUUAGUGUGUCAUUUCAACUCACUAAUAUUAAUAUUAGGUUUUCUUCGUGUAAAAAACUACUCAGUUUACAAACAUUCUCAAGCGAGUGGUUACGCGCAGUUCUGGAAACCGCAUCUGCGGCAUAUAAUAGAUAUACAAUAUCACGUAUAAAAAUAAUAGAAACAGUGAUAUAAAUGCCAGAAAGAAAAUUUUGUGAAAAAAAUCAAAAAGAUAGAAAGCACACAAAAAACUUGCGGCACGAACAAAAUUGAUACAAUUUUUGACUGGGUUUUUGAAUUCACAAUUAACAACAAAGCAGAAUUAACUGUAGCAUAUACUUAUUAAUUAUUGCUUUAUUAUUGAAAUCAUGGACAAUAUCCUAUGAGUGAAAUUCUCGGUAAAAAUUGGUUAUAAAAAAAAUUAGAUACUAACAUUUAGAUUCUCGGAAAUUCCACUAUCUUUAGUAAUAAAAUACUCAGUUUAAUUAAUGCCAUAUUACGCGAUUAAUACUUUAUAAGGAUGUUAUUUUAUUUAAUAAAAAACAAUUAAGUUCCUUUAUUGAAUAAGAAAUAGGUUUUUGUAUUAUUACUAAUGUACACGCACAUGUUAAUUUAAUUUUUCAGUAACAUGAAAGUUUCUUAUUUUUUCCAUUUAGUUAAUUAAUUAUAAUGUCCGAUUUAUUGAGUGUGUACCUCUAACUCAUGAAGUCAAUAAACUAUGAAUUAAUGCAAGAAAAGCGAGGUUCACGCCGCGCCGCGUUGUAAAACCUGCCUCCAUUUGCCUCCAUUGAAGUUUGCGUCCUGCAAGCGGCCAAUUACAAGGUCGCAAGCAAGACGCAAAAAUUAACGCCACUAAGUACGUACAAGUGUUAGACGCCACGGCUUAGCAUUGCCUCUCGGUCAAUACCUUCUUGCAUAAAAAGCAACACUUUUAUUGCUCUCCUGUUACGCCAUAGAUAAAUAACAGUAGAGAAACAGUUGUUUCUUUCCAAGAAAACUUAAAUAGUUGAAUAUAAUAUAACUAGAUGGCGCUAUCUGGCUCUCGAAAAAUAAAAUAACAAUUGACUUAUUACCAUACUGUAAAGUUUUUUUUUAAUUCUAAAUUUUAAAUAUAGAGAAGAAAACAGCAUGAAGUUAUUCUGAAUUCCGGUAUGACUUCGACACGGUUUUAAGGGUUUGCAAAGCAGGAUCCUUGACUGUUCGAUAGAUGGCGCUAGGCAUACUUACCCAAUGGACAUUGGGAUUCUGAUAGAAUGACGCUGGUAGGUAUCCACAAGGUGGAUAAACGAUAUCAGGCGAGUCGCAGAAAAUCGAAGAUUAGUCUUGAAAUAUUAUGAACACCUUAUGCCCAUCAGUGGACAUCAGAAGGUUCUUAAUAUGAUGAUGUUUUAACACACAAUGGUUUCCCUAAAAUAAAUAAACUAUUCCAGCUACAAUAAAGAAGGUAACUCCACAAUCUUUUUUUAUUAUUUUAUCUAUGGUUAUUUAGGCAACAGGUAAAUGAGUUAAGAGUUCAUUUUGUUUAAAUCUAUUCACUAUAAACAUGGCCCAUCAUAUCAAAUUAAAAGUUGUUUUCAUAUAAGUAUUAAAUAUUACCUAUUAUCUAAGUAAAG